AUGAGCGCGAGGGCGGUGCCGCGCACGGCCAAUGGGCGCGGCCGGGAGGCGGGCGCAGGUGGUGGCCGCGGGGCGCUGCGCUCGCCUGGGCGCCCCCCCUUCGCUGCGCCCCCCGCGCCGCCGAGGGCCCCGCGCGCAGGACUGGAGCUAUGGGGUCGGAAAACCCGAGCCCGCAGAACCCCGGCUGCAAGAUCAUGACCUUCCGGCCCUCGCUGGAGGAGUUCCGCGACUUCGGGAGGUUCAUCGCCUACAUGGAGUCCCAGGGAGCGCACCGGGCCGGGCUGGCCAAGGUGAUCCCGCCCAAGGAGUGGCGGCCGCGGCGCUCGUACGACGACAUCGAUGCCAUGGUGAUCCCGGCGCCCAUCCAGCAGGUGGUGACCGGGCAGUCGGGGCUCUUCACCCAGUACAACAUCCAGAAGAAGCCCAUGACCGUGGGCGAGUACCGGCGCCUGGCCAACAGCGAGAAGUACUGCACCCCUCGGCACCAGGACUUCGAGGACCUGGAGCGCAAGUACUGGAAGAACCUGACCUUUGUGUCUCCCAUCUAUGGGGCUGACAUCAGCGGCUCCCUGUACGAUGCUGACGUGGACGAGUGGAACAUUGGCAACCUGAACACCCUGCUGGACAUGGUGGAGCACGAGUGCGGCAUCAUCAUCGAGGGUGUGAACACUCCCUACCUCUACUUUGGGAUGUGGAAAACAACUUUUGCUUGGCACACAGAGGACAUGGAUCUCUACAGCAUCAACUACUUGCAUUUUGGGGAGCCCAAAUCCUGGUACGCCAUUCCCCCGGAGCACGGCAAGAGGCUGGAGCGCCUGGCCAAAGGAUUUUUCCCAGGAAGCUCUCAGGGAUGUGAUGCUUUCCUCCGGCACAAGAUGACCCUCAUUUCCCCCUCCAUCCUGAAGAAAUACGGGAUUCCCUUCGACAGGAUCACCCAGGAGGCCGGGGAGUUCAUGAUCACAUUUCCUUACGGUUACCACGCCGGCUUCAACCACGGCUUCAACUGCGCCGAGUCCACCAACUUCGCCACCCUGCGCUGGAUCGACUACGGGAAAAUGGCAACACAGUGCACGUGCCGCAAGGACAUGGUGAAGAUCUCCAUGGACGUGUUUGUGCGGGUGCUGCAGCCCGAGCGCUACGAGCUCUGGAAGCAGGGCAAGGACAGCGCUGUCCUGGACCACAUGAAGCCCACGGCCCUCAGCAGCCCCGAGCUGGACGCCUGGAACGAGACCAAGGCAGAGCUGAAGGCCAAACUGCUGCGCAGGAUAGGAGAUGAGGAAGAGGACAACAAACACCGGUCUCACAGAAAAAGGAGUCAACCCAGAAGACACAAAACAGAGGAUCAGAAGUCUCUUGGGGAUGUCAUGGCUAUUGAAACUGCCUUGGAAGAUGUGAAAGUAAAAGAGGAGCUGAAAAGGGGGCCGGAUCUGGAGGAAGAGGAGAGAAGCAAAGGGAUGGAGGGAGAAGGGGAGAGCAAGGCCCGGGCGCGGCCCCCGAAGGCCAAGGGCGAGCGGAAGAAGAAGCAGCUGUUCCCCCCGGUGCCCCCGGUGCCCCCGGCGCCCCCCGAGGCCCCGGCGCGGCCCCCGGCGGCCCCGGGCGCGGGGCAGGCCCGGCCGCCGGCGCCCCUCAACGUGGUGCAGCCCUCGGAGGCGCCGGCCGAGGAGGACGAGUUCAGGCCGCGGCCCAUCAUCCCCAUGCUGUACGUGGUGCCCCGCAGCAAGAAGGUGGUGUUCGACAAGGAGCACAUGUCCUGCCAGCAGGCCUUCGAGCAGUUCGCCACGCAGAAGGGGCUGGGCUGGCCGCUGCCGGGCCCCGGCAAGGACGAGGACGGCGCCGAGGCUGCCUCUGCCUUCUCCAAGAUGAAGAUGGAGAUCAAGAAGAGCCGCCGGCACCCUCUGGGCAAGCCCCCGACGCGCUCCCCGCUGUCCGUGGUCAAACAGGAGACCUCGAGCGAUGAGGAAACGUUUCCAUUUUCUGGAGAGGAAGAUAUGAGUGAUCCAGAGGCUUUGAAAUCUUUACUUUCCUUCCAGUGGAAGAACAAAGCAUUUAAUUUCCCAGCUGAAAGGAAGUUCAAUGCAGCUGCUGCCCUGAGUGAGCCAUACUGUGCUGUCUGCACCCUCUUCUACCCCUAUAACCAGUCCUCACAGGUGGAGAAGGAGGCUGCCCCCGCCCCCCCAGGGGAGCCCCCCUCGUUCCUGCACCUGUCCAGGUGUGGGCAGAGGAGCAAGCCCCUGAUCCCGGAGAUGUGCUUUACCUCGAGCGGAGAGAACACCGAGCCCCUUCCUUCAAACUCCUACAUUGGAGAGGAUGGCACCAGUCCCUUGAUAUCCUGUGCCAAGUGCUGCCUGCAGGUUCAUGCUAGCUGUUACGGGAUACGCCCGGAGCUGGUGAACGAGGGCUGGUGGUGCUCGCGGUGCUCGGCCGGCGCCUGGGCAGCGGAAUGCUGCCUGUGCAACCUCAGGGGAGGAGCUCUCCAGAUGACCACUGAUGGCCGGUGGGUCCACGUAAUCUGUGCAAUUGCUGUCCCCGAGGCGCGGUUCCUCAAUGUCAUCGAGCGUCACCCUGUGGAUAUCAGCGCCAUCCCCGAGCAGAGGUGGAAACUGAGGUGUGUGUACUGCAGGAAGAGGAUGAAGAGGGUGUCGGGGGCGUGCGUGCAGUGCUCCUACGAGCACUGCUCCACGUCCUUCCACGUGACGUGCGCGCACGCGGCCGGCGUGCCCAUGGAGCCCGACGACUGGCCCUACGUCGUGUCCAUCACCUGCUUCAAGCACAGAGCAGCAAACCACAGCGUCCCGUUCCGCAGGGAGGUGGCCCUGGGGCAGGCAGUGAUCACCAAGAACAGGAACGGGCUCUACUAUCGCUGCAGGGUCAUCGGCACCUCCACCCAGACCUUCUACGAGGUCAACUUCGACGACGGCUCCUACAGCGACAACGUUUACCCCGAGAGCAUCAUUAGCAGGGACUGCCUCCAGCUGGGGCCCCCUCCCGAGGGGGAGCUGGUGCAGCUGCAGUGGACGGACGGGAUCGUCUACAAGGCCAAGUUCAUUGCAGCCCAGAUCAGCCACAUUUACCAGGUGGAGUUUGAGGAUGGCUCUCAGCUCAUGGUGAAGCGUGGGGAUAUUUAUACCUUGGAGGAAGAGCUUCCCAAGAGAGUCAAGUCUCGCCUGUCCCUCAGCACUGGGGCCCCUCAGGAAGAUUUGUUUUCAGGAGAUGAGGUGAGAGCAGCCAAGCGUCCCCGGCUGGGGAAUCCAAGGAAUCCUGAAGAAUACGGACAGAGCCCGGAUUACCUGGCCUUUAUGGAGAGCCUGCUGCAGACACAGUACCAGCCUGGGACUCAGAGCAACAUGUUUUAACCAGGAUUCAUUCAAAAUAUUCAAUUAACCCUUUCUGAGUUGGCGGAAAAAGAAAAAGGAAACUGUGGAAUGGAAGACCAGCCCUGUGCAAUAGUCUGCUGUGAAUUUCUUUCAUCUCCUCUUGCUUUGGACUGCAGGAAAUCCCUGUCUGGCUGCUACCUCGACCUUGCCAGGAGUUGCUGACCAAGAGCUGGGGAGCUUGGAAACCCUUCAGCUUUUCACACGGAGACUUUGGAAGAGUUUCUACAGAUGGAGCUUUGUGACUGGUUCUUUUUUAUGAGGAUAAGGUUAAAAUUUAACAAAAUGACUUUUUCAAAUCUGUCAAACUUUUGUCUUUCAAGGUGCUAUUACAUUGACUACUGAAGCAGCCUUUGGAAUCGUGUUUUCUGUACAUAGACACCACCUUUGUGAAGUUUUCUAUGAAUGAGCAUUAUUAAAAAAAAAAAGCAAGCAAAAACAGGAAAACGAAAGUUUCCACAAAACAUUUUUCUAGAUUAUGGCUUUAAAACAGAAAAUAAAUUAAAUCCUCCCCCUCCCCCCGAAAUGAAUCGUGACUGAUGUUACAGCGGGGAGAGGGAGAGCAAGAGCAGAUGUCCUGGGAUGUUCUGGGUUCUUCUUUUGUAAAGAAACACUUUGUAAGCUGGGGAAGGUGGGGGAAGCAGCGUUCACAGCUGGGGUGUUUCUGCCAGGGGCUCUCCUGGGAUGGACGCUGGCAUCGCUGCCACGUCACAGGGAGGGGCUUAGGGAAGAAAUGGCCAGGUUUGGGUCACUCCUGUCAUCUUCCUUCCCCAUCUUUGCCAUCACAGUUGCUUUCUAGCUCAGGAUCAGCAUGGCUUUGAGUUCCCGUGUGCCACCCUGGCUUGGCAGGAGUUCUGUUGCUGCUUGUGUGGGUUCCUCCGAGCGGCCCCGUCUGACAGCAGCCCCUGCUCCAGCAGCACUUCUCCCCUGGGAACCUUCCUCCCUCCUUUGUCUCUUUUUUUUUUCCUUUUUUUUUCUUUUUUUUUUUUGAGUUGUGCUCCUUACAGUGUGAGAAUCAUUCCAUGACAGAAGCUUGGGAGGUGUUUGUAUGUUUUUUCUUUUAUCCUAUUAAAGAAGAAAUUCCCCAAACACCUGACUGUCGUGACAUCCUUUCCUUAAGUAAAGGCUGAGCCUGUGAGUUGCUCCUGGGGAGGAGGAGGAGUUCCAGCCCUGCCUUUGGCUGCACUCAGCUCUCUGAGGACUGAAGGAGCACUAAAGGCAAAGCCCAGCCUCAGGUGUUGGUGGGCAGCUCCCACCUGGAACCCCCGAAUGUGGAGCAGGGCUGGGAGAGAGCCCGACCCAAACCCUGCCAAAGUCACUGCAAAGUCUCCACCCUCCCUGGGGGACCCUGCUCAGCUCAGAGGGGCAGAGCUGGGGGGGUUCAGGGGGCACCCGGGCCCUCCCUCCCUCCACGGGCCAGCCCACAACCUGCAGUGCUGCACUGAAUCUUUGCCACUUAAUUCCCUGGAAUUGCUGGAUGGAGAGAGACAAGAUCCUUGUUUUUAUUGUUAUUUUUAAGCCCCUUUGCAAGGUGGUCGUUGUUCCGGGAGAGGCUGUUAAGCAAGGCUCUGGCUAGAUCUUUAAGGGAGUUAAGUGGGAAGGAUUUGUGGGCUGGCAGAUGGCAGAUUAGCAUCUUAAGAGACUCCGUGGGUAUUAAACUGUCCUAGUGAAAGAGUGGAGAUAGAAUAAAGCGAUUUCAGUUUUUUUCCUUUGGUUUUGUUCUCCCUUGAGGAUUGGAGUUCCCAUCCCUUCUCCUGCCUCUGCUGCGGGUCCUUUUCAUGUGCGUGGUUGUGAGGCCUUGGAAACAGGGUUCUGCUUUUGGGUUUUUUGAUUUCUGAGUUUGUGACGUUUUCAGUAGAUGUCUCCACGAAUAAAACCAAACUGAGACUAAUAAAAAUUUAAAAAAUUGGCAAGGUUCUCCCGAGCCUCGGUUGUUCCUCCUACAGAGCUGUCUCCUGUCGGUUGAAAUGUGAUUAAAUAGAAAACUUGCUGUAUAAAAGACUAAGAAUGUUUCCGGGCCACGAGAGAAAUAUUUAAAACAAUUCAAAGAGAAGUUAAACCAGCAGAGGAUUUUUUUUUGGAGGUGGGAGGGGAGGGUGGGAUGGGAUGAGCGACGGGGAAUUUCCUCUGCAUGCUCCAGUCUGCAAUAGCACCCUUGCUGUAUCCAUAUGUAGUACCUUUCCCAAAUACUAUUUAUAUUGUAAAAACAGAAGUGUGUUUCCUCACCCCAUAUUCAGAUGCUGAGUUAUGUUGAAACAUGAACCUGGAACUGUGGAAUGCCCUUCCUUGGUGCAAGGGUUUUCUCUCUUUUUGUUGAUUUUUGAAUCCCUCUUUUUGGUUGAGGAAUGGCUUGUGCAGAUUCAGGACAGUGGCCAUACUGGUGGCCUCAGCCUAUUGAAAAGGAAAUAGGAAAUGCACAUUCCUACCCCCUCCUCCAGUGAAAUAUAUUUGUAAGUGUCUGAUUAUGUGUUAUAAAAAUAAUGAUUUUUUUUUCUUUCUCCCCUUA